GCCAGAAAGAUGGCGACCAUGUGUUCGUAAUGCCGGCUUACACUUGAAAAUAUACAUCGCUUAUUCUGCUAAAACGCAUCGAAUUUAAAUCAUUCAGCGUUGUUUUAAGCUGUUGAUGUGAACGGUGUAUACGGCAAACACUAUGGAGAAAGGCGACAAGAGCAAGACAAAGGAGGAAGCUUCUGGCAGUGGAGGAAGUGGCCAUGGAGUUAAGAGAAAGAAGGUAUACAAUGUGGAGCCCCGUACUCCGUUGAAGCGCCAGCGUAUCCCCGUUGCCAGGUUCCAGUCCCCUGUCUUGGAGGAGGGAGCUGUCAAACCUAAACCUCCAAAGGAAGAAAUCGUCAUCCUCUACAAGAAGGGCAUCUUCCUGGCUGUACGUGGUGCAGAGAAUUCUGUCUACUUGUGCAAGACUCAACAGAAUGUGCAUAGCACUACACGCCAGUUCCGUAUCCAGUGGCUCAAUCUGGACCAGCCCCCCAACAUCUACAAGAUGGACUAUAUUGACCACACUGACAUUGAGUGUGUGCUGACCAAUGUCCGAAUGGAGCGCAUUGCUCGGGAUACUUUGCGUCUACCCCACGCGGAGCAGGAGAGAGCGGAGAAGAUUCUUCAGAGAGCAGUGAAGGCUGAACGUGGGGAGCCUUUUGAGGAAGACGAGAUUGUUGCUGAUGCUGAGAAAGAAGAGAUGAAAGAGGAAGAAGAUUCAGAGGAAGAAGAGGAGAAUGAAGACUGGGAUGAUGAACCACCUCCCAAGAAAUCUGUCAAAGGCAAAUCCAAGCCUUCAAAACAAUCAAAAUCCGGAAUCAAGGUGGCUUUGUCUAAAGGUAAAAGUCGAAGCUGUCAAGUCAAAGGAAAGAUAAAGAUAAGAAAAGGGGAAGGGAAAAGAAAGAGAAAGAAAGAAGCAAAGAAAAAGGAAGCAAAGAAGAAGGGACCCGAUAGAAAUUUGAAACCAAACCCCAAGAUCAAAGUGCUGGAAAAAAAUCUUUUCUUCGAAACCAAAGAAGAUACCUUUCAUAUCAAUCCCUGUGAAAAGUCGAGGCAGGUGAUCCGAGCUGUGCUGACCAAGGACAUUGACCUGCUGAAGUCUCUUAUUGCUAGUGAGAGUGAUGUCUACAGGUCUUGCAGCUACAACCCAACAUCUCUUGGAGUGGGUAAUAUCAGGGCACUCAAUGUGAGCAGAGGCGCUAAACAGGGCAAUGAUGCUUUUCUCAAGGAUGUGGUUAAAGUUCUCAUCAAACAUGGUGCUGACCUCAACAAGCAAGUGUCUGCUGGCAAGGAGAAGAAGAGCCCCUUAAUGAUGGCUGCGGAGACUGGCAACCUGGAUGUGGCCCGCCUUCUAGUGCAGAAUGGGGCCACAGUGGAACUGUUGGACAAGUUCAAGCGUUCAGCCCUGACCCAUGCAGUUAUAAACGGAAACAGUCACGUGGCUUCCUACCUUCUGUACUUGGGGGCCGAUCCUAAUCGUGCUGAUUCAUCUGGCAACACCCUCGUCCACUAUGCUGCUGUCGGCUGGUACUUCACUCUCAGGAUGCUCAUCAAUGAUGGUGGUGCAGAUACCACUGUGGCCAACUCCUGGAAUUGCACUCCUUUGGCCAUCGCUUUCCUGAAAAACAACAUGGGCAUGGUGGAACUGCUGCUUAACCAGCCAGGGGUGGACAUCAACUUCAAGGAUGAAACUGGUAUGACGUUGACAAGUAUUGCGGUUCGGAGCAAGGUGACAAAGGCUCUUGUCCGCCAGGUGGAGUACUUGGUGAACGAGAAGAAGGCUGACCCUACCAUCACAGACCUUGAAGGCAGGAACGCUCUGCAUCACUUAGCUGCCAACAGCAUUAAAGUUUCUCUGGAUUAUUAUAGAUCUGAAGUAAGUGACAGCGCCAUGGAAACCACUGUGCAGAUAGCAGCAUGUCUGAUUAAAGCAGGGUGUGAUCCCUCACAGCCGACCAACGAUGGCUCGACACCGAUCAUGCUGGCUGUCCAACAGUUGAACUCUAAGCUGGUGCACUACCUGGUGGAGAACGGAGGCUCAGUGUCCCCAGAGAAGAACCCGAAGACACACCAGAACGUUCUGCACAUGAUGGCGGAACAAUGCAUGUCCACCGACCUGGCUCAGCUUGUGGAAAUCCUGGCAGAUCAGAAAGCACGAUCUCCCCGGAAACCGAAGAAGGUGGACACCCCAAUAUCUGGGAAGAAGGACGAGGCUAUGGAGGUGGAUGAGCAGACAAGAAACAGUGAUGGCAAAUCAGCCGAAGUAAACGACGAAAAGGCAGCUGAACUGAAUGGAGAAAAGGUUGAGAAAAAGACCGCUGAACAGGUGGAGAAAGUGAACGGCGAGAUCGAGGAUGAGCCCAUGCAGGAGGAGGCUGUGGAGGAGAGCAUUCUUAAGAAGAUGGCAGCGGCUGUUGACAAAGACGGCAUGACCCCUCUACUCCGGGCUUGUCAUACUUACAGGAAAUAUCAGAAUGAUGGAUACUGGCCUCUUCCGCAGCAGGAAAAGAUCUACCAACAAGGACGUGACUUCAUUCGCACAUUGGUCGAUAUGGCAGGAUCAGACAUUAAUAAGACUGUAGAGAAGAAGUAUUUGGAAGGGAAGAUGCCAGUUAAAGAAAGACAUCUAUACUGUGAGGAAGGUAAAUCCUCCCCAUUACACCUGAUGGUGGGGGUCUCCGGGGAACCGGCCAUUGACCGGGGUGGUGUCAAGGUGCAGUUUCCAGGACUGGAGCUGAUCCUAAAGUACAAGCCCAAGCUGGAAGUGAAGAACAUUGACGAUAAAACCCCACUAGUUGAAGCUGUGGAAGCUGGGAAGUUGGAAGUGGUCAACUUACUGCUGAAGCACGGAGCAGAUCCCAACACAAUCUCCACCAGUGAAGACGAUGGACCAAUCUCUCCACUCCUCCAGGUUGCCAUGUCCUACAGCCUCUCCAGAGUUACUGGUCAGGAGAAGUUGUUGAAAUUGUUGGUGGACGCUAAAGCUAAUGUUAACAUUACACACAAGAAAUCACAGAAGACACCUCUACAUUUUGUUGUACAGCAGCGAGUUAGUGAAGCAGGUAUGCUGUCUAUGGCCCAGACUUUGGUGUCAGCGGGGGCCAGUGUGGCUGCUGUUGAUGACCACAAACGGACAGUGUUCCAUCUAGCCAUCAACAGCAACAACGGCGCGUCGGACACCAGCACUGAUCUGGAGGAGUACCUUCUGGAGAAAGGUGCAGAUGUGUUUGCCAAGGACAUCCGACAACGACUUCCUCUUCACUAUGCUUUUGUCAAGAUUGGAAGGCACAGGGAUGGUUCUUCUGUAGAUCCUAUAGAGUUGUGUAGUUUGCUGACGUCAAAGAUGGGCACCCGUGGCAUUGAUGAUGCUGAUGCGUUUGGUCAAACCCCCUUACACUGUGCAUCUGUGCGUGGUGGAACUAUCUGCUGCAUGCAUUUAAUGCAGAGAAAGGCAGAGAUAGGGAAAAAAGAUCACAGCGGUAACACCCCAUUGUCGUUAGCAGUGAAACAUCAGCAUGAAAGUUGUGCCAUCAUGCUGAUCCAGCGUUGUGAUAGUGUGCGAGAUUUUAUUGUUAUCCCUCCGGCUGAGGAAAAGGCUAAAACUGACAACGACAAGAAGAAGCAGCGCCCUGUGAUGACCUGGAGGCCUCUCACCAAGUGGGAGAAGGUCGUCAAACCAGAGAAGGUUGUGUACCCUGUGUUCCAGGGAUCUCUCCGGCACGAGCUUCAGGGUGUGUCUCACAUGAUACUGGAGAUCAAUGGCAUUGACUUCUCAGCCGUGGAGGCUGCCUUCACUGAAGCGAAGUACAAUAUCGCUUUGCGGUUGAUAAAGAGGAUCCCUGAGCCAAGUCGACUUCAGGCAAUCAAUGAAGAAGGCAGGAAUCUGUUCCACAUGCUCAUCUUGAAGACGAAAGCCUCGUCCAAUCUGGAUGCACAGCUCAAGGUAGCGAAAAUGUUGCGUGACAAAGGUGUACCCGUGGGGCUGCGUGACAAACAUGGCUGUACUCCACUGCAGUACGCAGCCAUUCACCACUUGCCAGUUCAAAUGGGACAGUUUUUGAUUGACAACGACCCUGCCCUGGAUGUGAAGAACAAGGAUGAGUUCGGCAGAGAUGUGAUGUCGGCCUACACGUGGAACAUCUGUGAUGUCAAUACAAAGUGGUUAAAGAUACUGUUGGACAAGGGAGCAUCAUUUGAUGUGCGAUUAAACUGCCCCCUUCCUGACUCCCUCCUGCUGGGUUCCUGUUUGGCUGACAGAUGUCCAGACUACUUUACUGACAAGAGUGAUCUGCUGGUGUCGCCCCUCAUCCUGGCGAUACAUUACUUCAAGUUUGGCUUGGCCAGCUUCAUGCUCAACAACGGUGCAUCACCAAACUUUGACGACAGCAACAGGCGCACUCCACUCAUGCAUGCUGCAAGACAAAACGAUGGACAAGUGGCGGAUCAAUCUGCGAUGACAAAGUUGUUAAUGAACUUAUCCUAUGACCCAAAAGCUCCACAAUCAGAUAACGUCAACAAAGAGCCCACUUUGUUUAAGAGUGUGUCUCGGACUGUGUUCAUGUUGCGACCGGACGGUUCCAUGUCAUUGACACCUGAAGGUGUCAGACAGUUGGGCAAUGGCAGUGAGAGUAGAAGCCAGGAUGGAGUUGUGUGUGGCAGUUCUGUUAAACCGAUGGACUUGGAUAAAGAACUAGAAGCUGAGGAAGAUGAAGAGGGAGAACCAGAGGAUAUGUUUGAGGAUGAAGAAGUGGCAGAGGACAGUGAUCAUGACACGGAUGUUGUGGAAGAUGAAGAGGAACCUGAAGUCGAGAAGACUUCAGUCCUCUGCAAGCAGUUAUCUCUGAGGAAACAAGGAAGCAGCCUGGCCAGAAAAGUUAAAAUGGUGGAGAAGACAAGCAGUGUAGACCUGGACGCUACAGACAACCAGGGCUGGACUGUCAUACACCAUCUUGUGUCCCCGUUGGAACUCGGCACAUUCGAUCAAGUUGAACUGUUGUGUACCCUAGCUCAAGCGGGAGCUACGCUUGAUAAGAAGGAUAACGCAGGCUUAACUCCCCUUGAUUAUGCACUCAUUCGAGGAGCUCCAAAUAUUGCAACCGAGUUGCAGAAGUUGUUAAAGUCAGAAAAAGAGGAAAAGGCCACUUUCACAUCAUUUGAAGUCAGUGAUGGAAUCCUCAGUGACGGGGUCAAGGUCAACUACCAAGCUGAUUAUGAGAAAGUCAUGGACAAACUCAAAGCUGAAGCCAUGGACGAGGAUGACUCACGGACCCCUGUUGAUACCCAUUGUCUUAACAGGGACACCUGUGAGGUGGCUGAGGACAGCAAGCAGCACAUUCCGUACGAUGUCUUGUUGUCAAAGGUGGAUGUGUCCUACGGUUAUUAUGGCAUGUACAACUUCUACAAGAUGCAGUUGGUCUACCAGAAAGGAAAGGAUAUUUAUUUGCUGUUCACAAGAUGGGGCCGUAUCGGCGACGAAGGCCAGUUUCAACACACACCCUUCCCAAAGAAAGAAGAUGGAGUGAAGGAGUUCUGUAAAGUUUUCCGCUCCAAAACUGGCAAUGACUGGGCUAAUGUCAAAUCCUAUGUAAACCAUCCAAAGAAGUACCGCCUUGUGCCAAGAGAGCAGAAGUAUACCAAAGUCAAGUCGGUCGACUUUACACUGAAUUCUGAGAUUCCCUCCAAACUUCCCCUUCCCAUCCAAGACCUUAUGAAAGAAGUGAGCAACCAGACGAUGUUGCAGAACUCGGUGUUGAAGGCUGGGGUGGACACAAAUUAUAUGCCCUUUGGCCGCAUCAAGAGGGAGGCCCUUCUCGAGGCUAGGUCCAUCCUAACUCAGUUGAGUGAGUUGAUACAGGCAAUAGACAAGCAGAGGAGGAACAACGCUAACAACGACAUGGCUGCCUUCCAGGACAACUGUGACAAGAUAGCGUCUUUGACAAACGAGUACUACAAUCUUGUCCCAUCUCCAGGCUUUGAAUAUGAGGCAAUCAAACCAAUUAAAAAGAAGGAAAGAUUGAAGACUUGUCUUCGUUUCCUCUCGGACAUGCUGGACAUUGAAAUUGCCAGCAGGAUUGUUCUUGGAUCUCAACAACAUGUGAAGGAUAUGAAUCCAUUGGACUACAUCUACCGAUCUGUGGGAUGCCAGAUCGAACCAUUGUCUCCUGAUACUCUAGAAUCACAGUACAUCCUCACAUACAUCAACUCAUCACAUCAAAGCAGUAAGGUUCACAGUAUCUACAAACUGUCUCGACGGGGCGAGGAGGAACAGCUACGUUCCCUCAACAUGAGCAACCACAGCCUACUGUGGCAUGGCAGCAGCAUGAGCAACUUCAUCAGCAUCCUCAGCAGGGGCUUACUUGUUGCCCCACCCGAGGCCCCCCACACAGGGCACCUGUUUGGAGAGGGAAUUUAUUUUGCCGACACAUUUGCCAAAAGUCAUGGUUACAGCUACAAUCACAACCCAGAAUCUGAUGCUAAACUGAUGCUGCUCUGUCAGGUUGCCCUUGGCACUUCAAAAGUGGACAUAGACCUGGAUGAAGAUGAUCAUCUGGAUACAGAUAUCAACUCCAUCAAGAUUCAUGGCCAACAAGAGCCUUCACCAGAAUAUGAUGUUGCAAUGCCUUUUGGUACCAACAUGCCCCUGGGCAGGACCACGUACACCGAGUCGCAUCCCCGAGCGUACAUGCCGUACAAUGAAUACAUUGUCCACGAUGCAUCGCAGGUCUGCCUACGUUACUUGAUCAUGUUCAGCAACUGAGAUGGUCGUCCUUAGUCAUAACAUCCUCCUUGUGUGGACGUAAUGGCAGCAACUUCAUCAUCGUCAUACUCGUCACCUUCAUCAUCGUCAUCACCAUUGCAACAUCGCCGACCACAUGAUGCUGUUGAUACAGGCUUUACUCAUCGUCCCUACAUCCACCAAUAUUCACUGUGCUAGUAGCACACUAAAUGACGUAUCAGUGGAUUUCAUCUGUGCAGACUGUGCUGAAAUAGUCUGAGGUGUUUCCUGUAUAUAUACAUUGAUUAUCAUUACUACAAAACAGAACUAGUCGAUAUAGGAACUAGUUUUCUGAAAAGUCUUGUAAUCAUGAUGCCCAUGUGUGUUUUUUUUCAUGUAAGUCACUGAAGAUUCAAGAUUAACUGAAAGAAGGUUGAAACAUCCCUCGUAAAAUACUCUCAAAGGGGCACAGAUGAAUUAAAAUCGCCUACAUAGCUGCAGAUUAUUUUCUAUAUUAGAGAUGUAUUCAUCAUGAACUCUCUGCUUGGAAAUGCCGGUAGUCGUGUAACAAAAUGACCUCGUUGGAUGUAAAAGUUAUAUCGUAGAUCUUGUUUCGAAGCUUGAAAAUGUUAUCUGGAGAUUUAUCAUUUCUUGUGUAUGAGAUAAAAAAUCCAUUCCUGAAUGUCUUUUAAAGAAAAACUUCAAAUGGUCAUGUACAUUUCAACAUGACACAGUUUGUGUUCGAUAUAUUGUAUAGUGAAGCAGAUAUGGUUUGUCUAACUGUACAAUUUGACUCAGUAAUAGUGUGUAUGUACCAUGUUAUCCUGUGAAGUCCAUGUUAUAACUGUCUAGAUCACUAUAUAUAUGUACAUGUACAUUGCAUCAAUGUAGUCUGUAUUUUGAACGUCGACCAGGUCAGCAUGACCCCGGUGAAAUGAGAACCAGUUAAUCUGUCAUUAACAAUAUUAUAUUAUCAGCAGGUGUAAUAUGUUCUGAUAUCUAGUGUUUCCUAUGCUUGAAUCUAACCAUAGGGAGGAAGGCAUUGGCUUUGCUGCUUCGAUAAAAGAGUGUCUCAAAACUAAGUCAAUUUCGAAUGCUUGUGUAUGGAUCAGCUUUUUGAGGGGGGAUUUCCGACUGACAUUCCCCGGAGAUAUGACUAGGUAGACAUUCCAUAAGGCACUUGAUGGUUCUCAUGAUUUACUGGGUGAAAGUCAAGCUGAAAAUUGAAAAUUUAGAAAACUGAACUUUCUGGUCAUUCAACUGCACCAAAAUGGUUGUUUGAAAACGGUAAAUGCAAAUGAAAUGAGUAUUUUUGAUUGAUAUAUUUUUAUUGUUUGAUCACAGAAUAUGAGUGUCCUGCUCGCUGGCUCCGACGCAUGAGGCAACUUUGUACAUUUAAUCGAUGCUGUGUUGAGCUGCUAAUGUGAAUGUGUACCAGAGCUCCAUGCUUCGGCUUACUGUAGGCUUGUAACGUGGUGGAUGUGUGUGUGCCAGCCCUCCUGCUCAGCCCAAUCACGGUCCGCUUGAUUUAUUUCACAGGAAAACAAACUACAGUAGUUGGACAUGUACGUUUCCCAAGCCAAAUUGUCAUAGGGUUUUUGUAUGCUAGUGCAGGAUUAGUGAUUGUAAGGUUCGGUUUCUAAAUUCAGCUGUACGAGUUUUGUGUAUGUAAAUGCAUGUUUUUCUGUUUGUGUUUAUCUGGUACUUCAUGUUUCACUUGAUAUGAGCAUGUCACACAUUCUGUUGUCAGUCUUGUGACAGUUUAUGUACAAGUAGCAGAUUAUUUCUUUUAUUAAAUGCUGGUCAUUAAUCAAAAUGUUAUUUCAGUGCUGUGACGAAAAGGUAAUGAGAAGUUACUAUAAAUUUAGAUGCACCCUUUGCUGAAUGACCUGUCACUCUUGACCUCAGGCUAUUCAGUAGUCACAGAGGUAAGGUGUACACUGUGGCAAUUUGCCCCAAAUGUACAUGCCGUUACAAUUCGCCUGAAGGUAUGCAUUGUGGCAAGUUGCCCCAAGAUGUAUUUAUUUAGUAUUACGUUGCCCUAAGACAUACAAUGUUAAGCUGCCCAAAGAUAAAAACAUUUGUAAGUGUCCUGUAAAAUAUACGCAGUGGCAGGUUGUCCCAAGAUUUAUACACGGUGGCAACUUGCCCCAAGAUGUAUUCACAAUGUCAACUUGCCCCAAGAUAUCGACACAGUGGCAAGUUGUCCAAAGAUGUAUUCACAAUGGCAACCUGCCCCAAGAUAUCGACACAGUGGCAAGUUGUCACAAGAUGUAUACACAGUGGCAAGUUGCCACAAGAUAUCGACACAGUGGUAACUUACCCCAAGAUGUAUACACAGUGGUAACUUGCCCCAAGAUGUAUUCACAAUGGCAGCUUGCCCCAAGAUAUCUACACAAUGGCGAUUUUUCUGAAGAUAUAUUCACAAUGGCCAAUGCAGGCAGUGAGGGUUUGAGAGGAGUUGACCGUGAAAUGGAGUGGCAGUGUUUGGUUCAAAAGGCUGUAUUUGUUGCAUAUUUCAAACCUAGACUUUGUGGUAUACAACCUAUUUCUUGACUUUCUUGUAUUUGUUCGUUGCUUUGGAGAUGUAGAUGAAUCAUACAAAACCUGAUAGGGAGGCAAAUAUGUCAACUAGCAUCCAUUAAAAAAUGAGACUGGUCACAUGGCAUUUUUGUGCAGAAAGGUGACAACAUGUCUUGACAAUUGACCACUCCUGCCAUUGGUCACAUAUUUCCUCUGAAAACAUGGUAAAGAUAAAUAUCUUUUAUCUGUAAGCUCCAUGUAAGAUGAUUCGACUGUGUUCUCUUUGGACUUGCAUAAACUCUUGCUCUGUCUGACGCUCUGCUGAUUUUAUUUUGUCAGUGAAAAGAUAUACAUUGAUGAAUUUGUUUAGUGAAUGAUGUGUGGUUUAUUUACAAAGUCAUCAGAUCUCCCUUUUCAAAUGCAGCUGAGCCUGUUAACAAAGUGGUUUUGAGUAGACUACUACAAUCACUGUGUAUGUAGAAUAUUAAACUCUUUAACAGAAAUACCUAUUGAAAAUGUUUCAACACUGAUCCAAGAUGUGAAUGGAAAUUGUGAAUGAUUUAAAUAUGAUGGUGUGUGUAAUUGGUGUUUUUGACUGGGGAAACCAUGAUCUGAGCUUUACGUGUUCUGCAAGUGAAUGAGUGGUUGACCAUCGAAUGUUCAUGAGAAGAAUAAAUUUAAUCAUGGUCGUGACAGUAGUCAGCAUAUAUUCCAAGAAAUACUACAGAUCAAGUAUUCUAUUAUACGUGUGACAUACUAAUUUGAACUUGACUUGAUAUUCUUCUAUAGAUAUUUUUGACAUUUUAUGGAUUUAAUCGUUUUAGCAGUACAUACUUCAAACAUUGCUUAAUAUUUUGGAAAGGUAAGCCCUAUUUUAACUAUGUCCUUUAUCAUUGUCUAGAUGUUCGCUGUAUUGGUAAUGUCAUUUUAUGAACGACUUUAUUGCUGGGAAAUUUAUACAUUACUGACGUAUUCCAUAGAUGUAAUGGUUAAGUCAUGGUGUUACUUUUUUUUCUAUCGCCUGUUAUUUCUUGUCUUGCAACAUGUAUAUUGGGCUGCAUUGUACAUGAGCCAUCUGCUCCCUUCCUCUGUACCACCCCCUCACAUCCCUGCUCCCCCCUCCCCUCAUCAGCUGUUUGUAUCUAGUUUCUCAGUAGUAGUGUUGCUCACAGAUCAGCAUCCACUGGGCUAAUGUAUUCUAGUGGAAUAAAAAUUUGGAAAUAAAA